AGUGCACCUCAGACAGACUGUGACUCUCCGUGAGUUUCCCCACUCAAUCCCGUGUGUCAGAGGCUCGAUCGGUGGUUGUUAUUCAUCGGUAGAGUCAUGUAUAAGUACAUCAGACCGGUGCACGGGCCGGCCGUUGGGCGAGCCGGUGCGGAUCUGAACGCGUCGGGCUCUCUCUCCAGUGUCCUCACCAGUAUGUAUGGAACACCCUUCGCCAAUGCGCACGGAUACAGCGCUUUCCUUCCCUACUCCAGCGACCUCUCCAUACUGAACCAACUGGGCUCACAAUACGAGUUCAAAGACAGUCCCGGUGUUCAUCAUGCAGGGUUCCCUCACGCAGCCUUCUAUCCAUAUGGACAUCAGUAUCAGUUUGGAGAUCCGUCCCGACCCAAGAAUGCCACCCGUGAGAGCACCAGCACCCUGAAGGCCUGGCUCAGUGAGCACAGAAAGAAUCCCUAUCCUACGAAAGGCGAGAAGAUCAUGUUGGCCAUUAUUACUAAAAUGACUCUGACUCAGGUGUCCACCUGGUUCGCCAACGCCCGGCGAAGACUGAAAAAAGAGAACAAAAUGACCUGGGUUCCCAAAACACAAACGGAUGAGGAAGGUAACGUGUACACGAGCGACAUCGAGGAUGGGGACAGGAAAGAUGAGGAUGAGGAAAUAGACUUGGAGAACAUCGACACAGAACAUUUUGAAGACAAGCAGGAUUGUGAAUAUGGGGAUGAUGUGAAAUCAGUGUCUAAAGUGUCCGACCGGACUGAUUUUGAUACAUCUGAGGAAUAUGAUGACAGAGAAGCUGAGAAGAGUUUUGUGAACAACAUUAUUAAAGAACAAAUUGAUACAGACUCACACGAGGCUGAUCGAGACCAAAUAAAAAAGAGCCCGGCAGCACAGCAGCCCUUAGACAAUGUAAGUCCAACUCAAAAGCCAAAAAUCUGGUCUUUGGCUGAAACUGCAACAACGCCAGACAGUCCCACAAAGUCUUCUUGGAUUCAGAGGAACUCUGAUGCUCAAGCAGUCAGAAAUCCUCUCCAUGUUCAAAACUGGACCAAAAUGGCUUUUUCUGCCCAUCAGAUGGCAUUAACCAGCCAUUACCUCGGACUUAAACACCAAACCAACUUACAAAACCACAUACACAUGAAGCAUGGAGAGCAGAGGACUCACACCUUAUGAAUAAACCGGACUUUUGUUUUUAAUAUUUUUCUUCCUCACAGGAAAUUUUUGAACUAUCAGAGAAACAUUACAUUUUUACAUGAUGCCCUGAAUUUAUAAUAGAUUAUUAAAGCUGUCUAUUAGCUCUUCAAUUAAUAUGAGAUUAUAUGAUGUGUUUUAUAUUGCCGACUUGUUCACAUAGGCUACAUUUUGUCUUCAAGUAACAAAUAAUCAAAAUUAGCCUAUACGGUGGUUUGAUUCAGACUCUAUUCAUAUAUAUAAAAACAUGAAUCUAAAUAAAUAGUUUAUACAAUAUCAGUAUGAGAUACUUCACAGAUAGGCUAUAAUGCCUGUAUGGAAUUUUUAAAAGGGUCUCGUCCUCUAAUGGUCUCAUAGCCUUCUUAAAACACACACACACAGCUUUGUUCAGAUGAAUUGUGAUUUGUGUUAUUGUAGCAUAUCCGUUUUAAGGAUUCGCAAUAAAGUCACACCAGAAUUUAUGUUUAUCUUUAGGAAAGUGUUUUGAUGAAUUCUCUGUUAAUGUAAUUUCAGAUGACUGGAUGUUUUGUUGCUUUCAAAAAUUUUGCAUUAGCUUCAUUUAUAUAUGAGGGAAAAUGAAUAUUUCAAAUGAUUUUGUAAAUUAAAUGAAAAAUGUACCUGGAAUAAUAUUGU